GCAGAGCCGGCAGAGGAUGAGGAUGAUGAGGAAGAGGAGGAAGAGUCGGAGAAUAAAAACCCGCCCAAAAAGCUCAAGAAGAAGGUUCCCAAAGAGCCCCUCUCAGGCGGGGGGGAGAAGAAGCUGAAGCCCAAGGAAGACAAGAGUGACCCUGACAGCAAAGCCAAAUCCACCAAAGGCGCCAAGAAGGAGCCAAUGUCGGUGUUCCAGGUGAAGAAGGAGAAGAAAGGCAAGAAGAAAGCUGCCACCAGCAGUGAUGAGGAGGAUGAUUCCGACUCCAGCACCAAACCCAUUAGGUCAGAGAAGAAGAAAAACCCAGCAUCCCUCUUUCAGACUGGUGGGGACCCCCCAAAAGAGAAAAAAUCCAAAAAGAAAGUUCCUCCCAAAGGAGAUGAGAGUGAGGAGGAGACCUCUGAGACCCUCCAGAAAAACUCCAACAAGAAGGGGAAAGCAAAGAAAUCAAAGAAGCAGAAGGAGGAGAGGCCCCCGUCCCCUGUGAUCGAGGUGGAGAACCUGGAGGAGUUUGUGCUGCAGCCGGCGCCGCAGGGCGUCACCGUCAAGUGCCGGGUGACACGGGACAAGAAGGGCAUGGACAGGGGGCUCUACCCCACCUACUACCUGCACCUGGACAAUGACAAGAAGGUGUUCCUCCUUGCUGGGAGAAAGCGUAAGAAGAGCAAAACCUCCAACUACCUCAUCUCCAUCGACCCCACUGACCUGUCACGGGGUGGAGAGAACUUCAUCGGGAAGCUGAGGUCCAACCUGAUGGGAACGAGGUUCACCGUGUUCGACAACGGCGCCAACCCCGACAGGGCCAACGCCGACUGGUCCAACGUGCGGCAGGAGCUCUCGGCCGUGGUCUACGAAACCAACGUUUUAGGGUUCAAAGGCCCCAGGAAGAUGACUGUCAUCAUCCCUGGCAUGAGUGCUGACUGUGAGAGGGUGCCCAUCCGGCCCCGGAACGAUAACGACGGCCUCCUGAUGCGAUGGCAGAACAGGAACAUGGACAACGUGAUCGAGCUGCACAACAAAGCCCCAGUGUGGAACGACGAGACCCAGUCCUACGUCCUCAAUUUCCACGGCCGGGUCACCCACGCCUCCGUCAAAAAUUUCCAGAUCGUGCACAGCAGUGACCCUGACUACAUCGUGAUGCAGUUUGGGCGUGUGGCGGACGACGCCUUCACCAUGGACUACAACUACCCCCUGUGCGCCGUGCAGGCCUUCGCCAUCGCCCUCUCCAGCUUCGACGGGAAGCUGGCCUGCGAGUAG